AUGGCUCCCUCUGCAGUUUCCCCCGAGCGCCAGGCCGGAGUUGUCAAGAAGGUUGUCCUCGACCCUUCCCGCCCCCGCGGCAACUCUGUCAAGCUCAACGACGGCAACUUCAUCCCCCAGGUAGCUCUCGGUGUUUACAAGGCCCCCAACGGUCAGGAGACUGAGGACGCUGUCACUGCCGCUCUUGACGCCGGUUACCGCCACAUCGACUCUGCCGCCCGUUACGCCAACGAGGAGGCUUGUGGUCGUGCUAUCCGCCGCUGGCUCGAGAAGACUGGCACUCCCCGUGAGGAGGUCUACGUCUGCUCCAAGCUUUGGGACGCUGACCACGGUUAUGAGGCCACCUUCAACGCCCUCUGCGAAUCUCUUGACAAGUUUGGUCUCGACUAUCUUGACCUGUAUCUCAUCCACUCUCCCGCUGACGACGAGGAGAAGCGCCUUGCCAGCUGGCGUGCCCUGGAGACCGCCCAGAAGCUUGGCAAGGUCAAGUCUAUCGGUGUCUCAAACUUCGGUGCUGGCCACAUUGAGAACCUGAUCCAGAAUGCAAAAAUUGUUCCUGCCGUCAACCAGAUCGAGGUCCACCCCUUCUGCCAGCGCCAGGCCCUUGUUGACCUCUGCAGCAAGCACGGCAUCAAGAUUGAGGCUUACUCGCCUCUCGCUCGUGGUAACAAGCUCGAGGAUUCUACUAUUGUCGCUCUGUCCGAGAAGUACGGCAAGACCCCCGCCCAGAUCCUCCUCAACUGGAGCGCCGCCCGCGGUAAUGUUGUCCUCCCCAAGAGCUUGACAGCCCACCGCAUCCAGAGCAACUUGGACAGCUUUGACUUCGAGCUUGCACCCGAGGAUGUCGCCAUCAUCGACAAGCUUGAGGAGAAUUACGUCACCGGCAGCAUGCACAAGUCCAAGGACUGA